AUGGACCCCCCAGUCCCACCCCCUUCAGGCCCUUCUGCAAACCCUCCUAGCGUCGAAAUUGCCUACAAGCGCAAAUGUAUCGAACUGAAGAAACGUCUGAAUGAAAUCGAGACUGAAAAUGAAGUUAUGCGCACUCGGAACCGUCGCGGUCACCAGUACAUCCAGAAAAUGCGCCUCGAGUCCUGUCUGUUGCUUGAACGACUCGCCAAAGUGACUGGCAUGACUGAGGAAGCGGAAGCUGGUAACCCAAGUCCAGAAUUUUGUGCCCGCGCCGCUGCCUUGAUGUCCAAUGCUGCUUCUGUCAAUGGCCUCGGUAGUGCUGCUCGUGCUGGAAACGGAGUACACCUCGAUGAUGAGUCUGAGGGUAGCUCCGUGGAACAGCCUCCCACUGUAGGUUCAUCUCCCGAAGAUGAUGAUGCGGCGGUGAUUGAGACUACGACCACGACCUCUAAGCAUCCUACCAAAUGGAUACACUACAAGCCCGAGGAACGACCCCUUCGCGUUAAGCGCUCUCGCAAGUCCAAUGCGAACGCCGAUGGCGAGGAUGAUAACCCCGGCCACGAAAAUUCGGCUGAGCACGCCGACGGAGAUGCCGGCCCAGCCCUUCCCCGUCUUGCUCCUGCUCCGACUCAGCAGGAUCUCUCCUCCUCUUUCCGAGUCCAGGGCGGUAGCAAUGGUACCGUCAACGAUGGCGAGAGUACUCCUGCUGCAGCUAGCUCGCACAGCCACGAGAACCGCGAAGCUCAAUUGGAACUUGUACACCCUGAUUCGGGAGCUACCCAGUCGGAUGUGGGUGUCCGCGACCUAAAAAUGGAAGAUGUCUAA